AUCGGAGCCGGAGUCAGGAGCAAACAGGCAACAUCUCGGUCCCUUCACAGAACAGGACAGGACAGCAGCUGCUGAAACGUGUGGACUAACCGGCUGAACCUUGCCAUCACAAGCAGGUAAAACUCUACAAGUGAUGAUUCAUGGAAGUCAAUGGGCAAAAUCUGCUCACUGAAUCCUAUUUGGAAAUGCGAGAUCAGGCCUGUGAAGUAGUGAAUUUAGAUCAUGGUGAAGACACCUUUGAUGGAAAGAAUGGUUUAAAAGAGGGUCUUUGUGCCUGGGAGCAUGACGCAGAAGCCCAGGCAAGUCCAUUCUCUAAGGAAGACAAAGAGGACGAACACACCAAGAGUUGGGUGCACAAUCCAUUGCCCAUCUUCAGAUAUUCUCCGGAUGUCGAGGUUUCACAGAGUCCCUGCUUUCAAUUUGACAGGUUGGCCCCUGCCAGGGUCUCCUUGUCUCCGUCCCUGCGGAGAAUGAGGAGAAAGGUGAUGGCGUCACCAGCUUCCCCGAGGAGUGCCGGAAGGGCUCAGAGGCUGUUGAAAGAGCCUGAAGAGCCUGCCUCCGACAAUGACUCCUCUGUACCAGCCGAUUACUUACAGAUCCCACGUCCUACAACGGAGACAGCCUCUGUUGACCAGAGAGCUGCAGAUAAGGAGGUUCCAACACAUCAACAGCAAGACGCUCUGCAAAGUGGAGAAGGCCUGUUGCCUGAAAGCCAGCAAAAGAGUGACCAUGUCAGGGAUACACCAGUCAUCCCACCUGAUAAAGACACUCCUCUCUGGGCAAGACGAAAGGGUGACUGCACAUUCACUUUGUUGGAUAAUCUUCAGGAGCAGACGGCCCAAGAUGCAUCACCUGAGAGGUGCACCUCUCAACGGCGGCGCAGCUCAUUGGUUGUCUGUUUACCGGGACUUGAGAUAUUUCCUGGUGAUUUAUUAAUUUCUCACGGUGUGGAACAUCUUUACCGUACAGCAUCUACUCCCUCACUCAGUACAGAAUCCAAGAAGUCAAAAUGGCCUUUCGCAAAACGGGGAACGAGCAAAGUGAAACAAAAGCAGAUAUCGCAUUUGGAAAAUCUUCUGGCCUCACUGGUGGUCAGGGACUGCACCGAUCACUUUUUCCAACGGUACAAGGAUAAAAGCUGGACGUAUGUAACAAAGAUCCAGAAGUUGAGCACUGAGACCAGGACUGAGCAGAAGGACAGGAAGCUACAGGAGGCCAUGUGGGAGAUCUUCACCAGUGAAUGUACCUACUUUGGUGACAAGUUAUUGGUGAUGGAAGAGGUUUUCCUGAACACACUGAAGCAGGUCCAGAGUGAAGAAUGGCUUCUGGAUAUUGACCCUUGGGGACUGUUUGCAAACCUUAGUGAAUUGUCCAAGGUGAGCUUCGAUUUUUUGACCAGUCUCCUGGAUGCAGUAGAGAACUGUUGGACAUUACCAUCACUCCUUGGUGUUUUGUCAAAGUUUCAGGAGAGUGUGUGCUGCAGUCAUCAGAAAUAUUGCCUAAAUUACUCUUCGGCCAAUCUCUACCUCAAUAACCUGAAGAUGAGGGAGGACUUUGGAAUCUUUCUUAAGUGGUGUGAACAGAACGAGCAGUGCAAACGGCUGCACUUGUCCGAUCUACUGGUAUCCCCCCUGCAGAGGUUGACCAGGUACCCGUUGCUCCUGAGGAACCUCUGGAAGAGAAGCACGGAGACAGUGGAAAAACAGCGAAUCCAGGUUAUCAUCAAACAGGUGGACAAUUCGAUCUGUGACCUUGAAGGCAAAGUGAAGUGGCUGGACAGGAUUCAGAAAUUUCAGCAGAUUCAGGAGAUGAUCGUUUGGCCUCCGAUCUGGGAAAGAAAUAAGAAGAUAUUUCUACCUGAGAGUCUUCGAUACCUGGUCAAAGACAACAUGGCAGACGGUCUCCUGUCGCCGGUGAACAGACAACUCUUACAUGAAGGACGACUGAGUCUCGCCGGGGCGACAAAACUCCUGGAUGUACACCUGUUCCUGUUUGAUGACUUGCUUUUAAUCACAAAAGUUAAAAACGCCAAGAAGAAACCUGGAGCCUUAGACACUGGGGUGAGAAUCCCAUCACCCAAUCCCGACAUUCUGGGGAUGGGGAGAGAUGGCACUGUAUGUUCUAUACUCGACCAGCCGAUUCCCCUGGACAGGUUGGUGCUGAAGAACAUUGAUCCAUUAAAUUCAGCAGGUUGUGGAUUACAUAAUGUUUUUCUAGUGAUCCAUCAAAACCGAUAUCAGCAGUGCAUCGGGAUCUUCACCCUGCAAUCUCCGUCAGAGCCUGUUAAGAGAACGUGGCUGUUACACAUCGAGACAGCAGUGACUGGCUACCGGAACAUUCUAGACCCACCACAACCCUUGCUGGGGAGGUUCGCAGUGAAUGAAUCGUCUGAAAUUUAACUCCCCAAAUGUGUGCAACGUGCCGACGUCCUGUUUUCAGUCUAAAUAGGUCAACAAGAAACUCAAUCAGUGCCCCAGUUUGGGUCAGUGCACUUUGAAGAAAUCUACCUCUUCUAUUUGACUUUAAA